CAUUAAUAUAUUGAAAGUUUAUGAAUUAAAUUAAAUUAUAGCUCUUAAACAGCUCAAAACCACAUCUAAUUAAUCAAAAUGGGUUCAAAUAAGAAGCAUAAAAAACAUAAAUCUGAAAGAAAGUCAAAAUAUGACGAGCGUCCACCAAGUUUAAAGCUUAUAUUGAAGGUUAGCGGCACACCAGAAUAUGGAUCCAGCAAUUCUCCGUAUCAGAUUAACAUGCCAGACAAGAGUUAUGAACAUUCUCAGGAUCAUUCAGAAAAGCAUAAAAAAUCCAAGAAAAAGAAGAAGAAGAAGGACCGUGAAAAGAGACAUAAGCAUCAUAAGAAAGAAAGGCAUAAUAGAAGAUCCAGUGUUGAAGAAAGUACAAUAAUGGAUGAUGAAGAAAAUGCUCAAAGUGUCUCUGAGAAUAUGAAUCUUUAUUAUGCUUCUAUGUUUCCAUCGUCUGCUAUUUCAGCAAGUCCAGCAACAAAGCCAAUGAUUCCGAUGGUACAAGAAGAAAAAUCGUCAUUCCACACAUUACAGAAUGUUCCGUUGCCAGAGAUUAAACCUGAAACUCCAAGUCAACAAUUAUCUCCAAUGACACCACAAUCUGUCGAUUCAGCAACAAGAGAACCACGUACAUGUGUAUUAAAAUUAAAACAGCAAAGAAAUCCAUUAGCAAAGUUACUGGAUCAUUUAUUGAAAGCUUUAGAGAAAAGAGAUCCACAUCAGUUUUUUGCUUGGCCAGUUACGGACGAUAUUGCGCCUGGAUAUUCAUCAAUUAUCUCAAAUCCAAUGGAUUUCAGUUCAAUAAGACAGAAGAAUGAGGAAAGCAAGUAUCAAUUUUUGCAGGAAUUUUCAGAUGACUUUCAAUUGAUGUGUGAAAAUGCUAUAAAAUACAAUCAUCAUGAAACUGUCUAUAAUAAAGCAGCACGUCGAUUGCUUCAAGCAGGAAUGCGUCUAUUACAACCAGAAAAUCUUGUUCGUGGCCCUUAUACGCAGUUUAUUAAAGAUCUAACAGUAAAGGAAUUAGGUUUUGAUCCAACAUUAAAAAUGGAGCAUCAUGAUGAAGCUUACAGUAUCGAUUCUGUGGAAUGUGAUGAUACUGGAUUAAUGUCUGAACAGCCAGAUCCACUUCAAGAGGAACGUGAAAAACGAGAAAGAAUAAAAGCUGAAAUGGAUCCAAAAACACAAUUUGAGCCUUUUGUAGAUCCAAUGACUGCAGAUGAAAUCCUCGAGCAAGUUCAAAAAGCAGCAAGAGAUGCCAGAACAAAGCUUAAUAAGCGUAAGGCUCAUAGUAUGGGAUUUUUAAGAGCUAAUUCUGAUGGAACAUCCUCAAUGAAAAUAAUUAUACCGUCUGAAAAUGGAAUUCCUGAAAAGACACGAAAACUUGGUGAAUUAACUGGAAAAUUAGAAAAAGGAACUGGACUUUUACAAAGUUUCCGUGAAGAUCGACGAAAUGCUGUAAAAAUGCCUAAGCCAUUAAAUUAUGGAUCAUUUAGUUCCUUUGCACCCACAUUUGACACACGAUUUUCAAAUUUAACAGUCGAUGAAACAGAACUGAUAUUAAAUACGUAUGGAAAUGAUGACAGUGCUAGUUAUGCUACAUCUAUAUCAAGAUUUACUCAAGAUUCAGUGUAUGGAAGUACACUAGCUAAUAAGUUGCUUGACUUACUGACUAAUGGUGAUCAUAGCAAAACAAUGGAAGUUUUAAUGGAAGCAGAACAUGUUAAACAGACACAAAAGGAGGUUGAUAAGAUGUUGCCAGAUUACCAGAAAGAAGCAAAGCAGCUUGAAAAUGUUGCUGUUAAUUUUGAUGAAUUACGGACACUUAAGGACAUUGGAGUGGAUAUAAGCUUCUUAAAAACUUUCGAAAAGGCAAUUAAUGGAAAUGAACAAACUGAGAAUAAUCUACAGACAAAACUCGAUACUACAUCGACACUCAUUGAGCAGCUUCAUCAAGUUCAAAGUGAUCGUUUAUCAGCACCUCUUCCUCAGCAUUUAAGCCUUGUAGCUCAUCCAAAUAAGCAAGAAAUGGAACUUGCUGAUCAAAUUACAUCCAAUAUUACAACAAUGGCAAAGAAAUUGCCACCAUUCGCAAUAUCCUCAGUUGGUGGAGUAAGAAAAGCUAUGGGAAUGUCCAAUAUUCCACUUGAAAAUGAGCUCAAAAGAAUGACAAAGUUUAAUAAACCAAUUGAUGUGAAUGCUGGUGAAACGGAUAUGGAAAUAGAGCCAGUAGCUAGUGGAACAGCUGAAUUUGACAAUGAAAUAAGGCAAUUACUUGGAACAGAUUGAAGAUUUUUAAACAUAAACUUGACUUGACUUUAAUUUCUGUAUUGUAAUAAUUUUAAUUUAAAAAGCUUUUAAAGAGAAUAAAAACGAC